AUGAAUGACUUGGUGAAGACCAACAGACGCCGUCUAUCUUCCUCCGAGCUUCCUCCCCCCUCUUGCGAAGGGCCAAGGCUUCGUGCAUUCCAGUAUAGAGACAAGCCGAUCGAGUGGAUGGGUAUGUUAGACGAUAGCCCAGAGAUUUCAUCUUCCAGUCGUCAAGGGUACGUCUUCAAGGUUAAGGUACACUCGAAAAUAUACGCCUUAAAGGUUUUCAAGUUCUUCAAGCCUACCACCUACAGGUGGCAUCUCGGUCCGGAGGACGGGAGGAAAGUAUCGGACGAUACAUUGGAGUUUAACACGGAUCCGUUCUACGCCGAAUGCCGCGCGUACGGGCGCCUGCAAGAAACACGGCGGAAGCAGGGUCUCAAACGUCGUGACUUCGCCCACUGCCACGGCUUUCUGGCAUUGAACAAGAAGGACGCAGCAUAUAUCGAGGAAGAUCUAGGCAUCGAACUGUGGGAUGUCCCCCCAAGCGACGAAUACCGCCGGAGAGCAGAAGGCAGCCCCAUACGCGCCAUAGUGAAAGAGUUCAUCGCAAGCGAUCCAGUCAUCGAUUCGCGAACCUUGGCGAAAAUGAUUAAAGGUCUUGGUUGGAUGAACAAGCACGGCGUCCUCGUGUGGGACAUACAUGCCCGAAACUACCGGGGCGGGAUCCUCGUCGACUUUGGCUCGGCUUGGACAAGGCCUCAUUGCCUAUGGGAUGCUCUACCCGAAGAUCAGAAGAAGGACGUACAUUUGAGCGACCGGGCUCGCUUUCAAGACAUGGCCGAUGACCUCGGUCUCGAGGACGACACCCGUGCAGUGGCAAACAUUGAUUACAAGAUGAAGUUGAGACCGCGGAAGGAUAAGUCAUACCCUCGCUAA